AAGUACAAACUUGAAUUACAGAUGAGGAAAACAAAGUCUACAUAAGUGGGAAUACCCUACAGCCAAUAUCUAAUUUAAUUGAUUGCUUUUCUGCAGUUGUUCUGCAUUGCUGAAUAAAAUUUUCAAUUUUCUCUUCAUAUACUUUUUCACCGUGUACAUGAACGGUAAAGUCAUGGAAGGGGCAAUGCAAGUAUGGUGGGAGAGCUUUCUGAGCUCAUUUGCACUGCGCGAAUCGGUAACGAUCUCGCGUCGCAUCAGGCAUAGUUUUAUUUCGACAAAUAUUAUAUCGAUAAAUGAAAUGAAAUGCCAUAUUUGUAAUUUAUUAUAUUUAAAAAGAGGAACGCAUUAGCGUUUGUAUGAUCUUUGAUGUAUGAAUGUAUUUAUGUAUGUGUUCGUGGACAUUUUUUUCUCGUUGCUAAACGAUACAACUAGAUGACAGCACCGAAGCACUUCCACGUAAAAAAUGGCGGACUGCAAGGAAAACAAAGAAGAAACAAAUAGGCCAUCGUAUGUUUUAAAGGUAUUUCCUCCACAGGAUUCUCCAGGGGAUUCACCGGGGGAUUCGCCUGAAAAUUCUGCCAGUGAAAUGGAAAAUGCAGCUGCAGAGAGUAAUGUUCAGGAAUCUUCAUCGAGUUCUAACAAAGUACAAGGUGCUGCACGUAUGAAAAGUUGUUCAAAGUCGUUCAACCCAUUUGGAAGCAGCGAAUUUUCUAAUUCUUCGCCUAAUAUGACAAAGUCAUCUAUACUGAGGCCCUCUCAGUUGGGUGCAGUGACCCAAAAUAAUCAGACCGCUAACAAAAUAGUCUUACAACCUGCAAAGUUUCAGAAUCCAUUCGUAAAAGUUACAGACAGUUUUUUAGAAGAGAAGAAUGAGACUGCGAACCAAAGUACGAAGGAGACUAAAGAAACAAAGGAAACUAAGACCGAGGAGAAACCAACAGAGGAAGCAAAACCAACAUUUUUACCACUGGGUGCAAGCACAAAGGAUAGUGAAAAUAAUACUGUAAAUAGCACAGUAUCGUCCUGCGAUUCUGAACCAAGCUUCGUAUUUGGUCAGAACUUGAAGGAGCGAGUCGUGGUUGCGGACGAUGCGGAAAGUUCCGAGAAAUCGGAGAGCGAGGAACCAAAGGAAGAAAGCACAAAUGAAAAUGGUUCUACGGAGCUUCUCUUCUCGAACGCUUCUGCAGUUUGCCGUACAACCACCCGCCCCGGUCUGACGCUAACGGAAGCAGCCCAGGAACUAGAGGAAGCGAGUCGUGCAAAUAAAAGGAAAUAUAGUCAAGUGACUCUGUUAACCGGUGAAGAAGGAGAAACAAAUGUCCUCCAAAUCAAUUGUAAACUAUUUGCAUUUGACAAGGCUAGUGGUGGCUGGCAAGAGAGAGGCAGGGGUACAUUGCGACUGAAUGAUCGCGACGAGGAGUCCCGCUUGGUAGGACGUACCGCGGGCACGCAAAGAUUAAUCUUGAACACGAAAGUAUGGCCAGGAAUGACCGCGGAACGAGCUGCUCCGAAAUCGUUGAGAUUAACGGCGAUGGACGUCCAUGGCGACAUUAGAAUUUUCAUCGUUCAAGCGGCGCCCAAGCAAAUCGAACAACUGCACAUUUUGCUGCAGCAACGACUAAAGCGUGCACAGAAACAUCAGCCUAAAAAGCUAGCUACCGACCACUGACAAUCGAUCAAUCAUCCCUGUGAGACCAUCAUUCUUACUUUUUGUCAUUCGAACUUAUGCAAUGCGAUUGCUAACACGUGAAGAGAGUCAAGAAAGUUUUUUCCAAAUAACGAGGCCCUAUGUAGUACACGUAUGCAAUAAAACGACUAUGAUUUGUGCCUUCCUCAUAGGAAGUUUUAGACCUCGAACCCAUGGCAUCGAUGUUUGCAGGCAGACAAACAAUGAAAUCGUAGCUCUCGUACGGUUAACGGAUUUCUUCUGAUUUUGCAAUUACAUGAAGUCUUUUGUAAUCAUUCCUAAUUGAUAUUCUUCUUUUACAUGGAUUUCGAACAGUGUUUUUAGAGAAUGUGUUGAGUUAUGGAACGACUAAGGGAAGAGUUUUGAUAAUGUAAUAUUAGAAUCAUAAAAUCAUGGAUAUGUAGUAUAAACGGAAGGCUACGAAAUAACGUAAGAAAGGAAGAACGAUAACAGGGCAGUGUUUUAGUUUUCAAAAGUCAGCCUCUUUGUAAGCAAUCACUUGGAAGUUUUACGGUAGCAAUGUUCGUAUCGAUUUAGAAUUCUAUUUCUCGUCGGCUAUAUAUACAUAUAUAAAUAUAUUAUAUAUAUACAUAUAUGUACAUAUAUAUACGCAUUAGAUAUAUGUAUAUAUGUAUUUAUAUGUAUAUAAAUACUGUACUUUGUAAGACGUUACUAUUAGUUUCAUUAUUUAACGUGUAGUUCUGCCGUGGGCGAAAGUGAAACAGCUCAAUGCACACGUGUUCACCGACGAGGAAACGGUUUCGUUGCGAGUCUUUGUUUGCAAUGCGUUAUUUAAAACGAUUCUCGUAAGCACAAAAUGUCACGCGACUGUACGAUCGAUCCAACUGUUUGUAUUUCAUUUUAGUUGUACAUAGAGCGGUAAAGAGGAACGGCCCGUUUCCUCGUCGUGUCUUCUGCGUCUGCGACAUAAAAAGGCUGUGUUCGAGGCGGCUUUUUUUAUUUCGCUUAGCAAUAUUUAUCACACUGAGCUCGCGAACGAGCGGACGAAAAGGGACGAAAUGACGAGUCCUUAACGUGAUACACACAUACACAGACACAGUAACGGAAAAAAAAAGAAUAAAAGGAUAUUACUUAACUCUAUCUAUGAUACGAUCACCAAUAAAUACCUACAUUUCUCUGUAUUUGCUAUAUUACAGAAACAAAUUCACUGUACACAUCGUUAAUUAUAAGAACAAAAAGAAAAAAUCAUUAAAAAAAAAAAGACAAAAAAUAUAAAUGUUUGCAUAAAAAAGAGACAAAGCUACCUAAAAAAGUCUGUGUUUUCAUUUCACCGAUGGAAUCUACAAAAAAGACACCUUCAAAGAAGGAUCCUAAUUUAGAGAUGUACUAAAAAUUGUGGUUCCCAUCUUGACAAUGGAAACAUAUACAUUUUAAAACUGUUACACAUUAGUAGAGCUAUUCAGAAAAUCUCUUGUUUUAGAAUAAUCUAAACAAUAAAAAAGAUACUUUAUAUUUAAUAUAAUAAGAUACUUAUUGAACAUUUGACGUUGUUACUUCUAAACCAAGAUAUGCAGAAUGUUUCACCUAUCUUUAUCGCUCAAGUAAUUUUGUUGCAGUUAAACUUUCAUGCAAAUAUUUUUUACAGAAUUCAGAUUUAUGAAGUCAUAUGCAUAUUGGGUAACAAGAAAUGGUAUAAAAAGUUUAAGUUUCUUUAUCAUUAAAAAUUAGAAAGCUUUUUUGACCUUGGGCUCAGGGUUACAGGUCAUUGAGUUUGUCCUUGAAAUAACUAUCAUGUACAGACAAAUAAAACAGCGUUCAAUUUAAAAAAUA